GUGAAAGUGAACCAGAUCUACGCGUGAAGCCUCUCAAAUUCUGAAAGAUUGUUGUGGAUGUUGCAACAUGUUUUGCUGUGUGCCCGUGUUGACAGGUAGCUGCGUCACGAGUCGAUCUACUGCGCAUGGCAGUGAACGGUCCAUUGCAUCUGCUCGGGCAUCUGUGAUGGUAUAUGAUGAUAUUAACAAGAAAUGGGUGCCCAGUGGGUCUUCGAGUGGUUUGUCAAAAGUUCAUAUUUAUGAAAAUCAGUCAAAUAAUACAUUUCGAGUUGUAGGACGGAAGCUGCAAGAUCAUGAAGUUGUAAUAAAUGCUUCCAUACUUAAAGGAUUAAAAUAUAACCAAGCCACACCAACAUUUCACCAGUGGCGGGAUAACAAACAAGUCUAUGGCCUUAACUUUAGCAGUCGUGAUGAUGCUGAAGCAUUUGCAAUGGCCAUGGUCAGAACUUUGGAAACUAUCAACCAAAACAGUUCUUCUCAAAGGCCUCCACCGCCUCCCCCCAUGAAUUCACAACCAGUAUAUCAAAGUAUAUCUGGGGACAUUGAAUGCAACAGUAUAGAGCAACAAAAAUGGGUUGAAAAUGAUGCAAGUAAAAUGGCUCAUCAAGUGCAAUAUGCAAGUAGCACAGUUAAUAGUCCGCAGAUGAAUUCUGGAUCACCUAGCAAUACAUUACACAGAUCAGCAGCUCCAUCUCAGCCAUCAGUACCUCCUGCUCCACCUCAGCCAUCAGCAUCUCCUGCUCAAUCCAAUGCUGCUCCACCACCUCCACCUCCUCCUCCACCACCACCACCUCCUUAUGCAUCGCCUUCUUAUGCACCACCAAUGUCUAAUUCUGGACCUCCUCCACCACCUGCACCUCCUAUCUCAGCAGGUUUCUCUGGACCUCCCUGUCCUCCUCCACCACCAGGAUCUACAACACAGCGUCCUAACACUGCUAACAUGUCUUUAGCAUCAGCUCUAGCUAAUGCAAAAUUAAAAAAGACUCAGAAGACAGAAGUAAAUAAUGAAUCAAAUAAAACUCCUGGUCCUACAUCUAACAGUAUGGCAAGCAUGAUGGAUGAGAUGGCAAAAACCCUUGCUAGAAGGCGAGCUCAAGCAGAAAGCUUUCAAAACAUGGAUUCAGAUAACUCGGAUAAGAAAUGGGAAAAAAAUUCAUCUAAUGGUAGUACUGGUGGUGGAUUAGAGUCACCAAAGAGUAAUCGGAG